UAGAAACCUGCUUACUCACAGCUUUGAACUGUGUGUAACCUUUGAAAGGGAAAUUCAGCAAUAGGAGUAAUUCCAGGAAGAUCCAACAGAUGGCCCCAACCCGUCUCUAUGGUAUUGCUUUAAAGGGCUUUCACUUCGUCAGGCACUUAUUUUUCUGCAUUUGUGAGUUAUUUUCUCUUCUCCUGAGAAAGAAAUCUCGAAUGUGGGUGCUUACCAAGAUGCUCUGAAGAACAGCAACAACCUUUUGGAACAUAGCCACUUCCACAUCAUGACGGAGGACAGAAAAACCACUGUCGGAAGCUUUCAUUUUGUGUACAUCGUAAUCUUAAUAGUUGGAACCACAGUCCAGUUGUCUGAUGAAAGUGCCUUCACAGUAAACAAGUCAAACCAAGGCCUUACUCGUGUUCUGAAAGGCCUGCCACCGAAAACCGAAGUCUUAGAUAUGUCCCAGAACUAUAUAUCUGAGCUUCACCUGGCUGACAUCAGCUUUCUCUCACAGCUGAAAGUUCUGAGGCUUUCCCAUAAUAGACUCCAGUGCCUUGAUAUUAGCAUUUUCAAGUUCAACCAGGAUUUGGAAUAUUUGGAUUUAUCGCACAAUCAGUUGCAGAAGAUCUCCUGCCAUCCUAUCAGCAGUCUCAAGCAUUUAGACCUCUCAUUCAAUGACUUUGAUGCCCUGCCCAUCUGUAAGGAAUUUGGUAACCUGACUCAACUGAAUUUCUUGGGAUUAAGUGCUAAGAAGUUAGAACCAUUGGAUCUGCUACCAAUUGCUCACUUGCAUCUAAGUGGCAUCCUCCUGGAUUUGGGAGGUUAUUACAUGAAAGAACAUGAGACAGAGAGCCUUCAAAUUCUGAACACAAAAACACUUCACCUAGUUUUUCACCCAAAUAAUAUCUUCUCUGUUCAAGCAAACAUAUCAGUUAACAGUUUGAGAUGCCUGCAACUGAGUAAUAUUAAGUUGAAUGGUAUGAACUGUCCAGUUUUUAUUACAUUUUUAUCACAAUUAACAAGAGGUCCGAAUUUACUGAAUUUUACACUCAACCAUGUGGAAACUACUUGGCAAUGCUUGGUCAUAGUGUUUCAGUUCCUUUGGCCCAGACCUGUAGAAUACCUCAAUAUUUACAAUCUCACAAUUGUUGAAAGCAUUGAUGAGGAAGAUUUUACUUAUCCUGAAACUUCUUUGAAAGCACUGACAAUCGAACAUGUUACGAACAGAGUUUUUCUUUUUUCGCAGACGGCAUUAUACACGGUGUUUUCCGAGAUGAACAUCAUGAUGUUAACCAUAUCAGAUACACAUUUUAUACACAUGCUUUGCCCUCAAACCACAAGCACAUUUAAGGUCUUGAACUUUACCCGGAAUGUUUUCACAGAUAGUAUUUUUCAAAAGUGCUCCACUUUAGUUAGAUUGGAGACCCUGAUCUUACAAAAGAAUGAAUUAAAAGACCUUUUCAAGGUGGGUCUCAUGACUAAGAAUAUGCCGUCUUUGGAAAUACUGGACGUGAGCUGGAAUUAUUUGGAAUAUGAUAGACGUGACCGAAAUUGCACUUGGGUUGGGAGUAUAGUGGUGUUAAAUUUGUCCUCAAAUGUACUUACUGACUCUGUGUUCAGUUGUUUGCCUUCCAGGGUCAGGGUUCUUGACCUUCACAAUAAUAGAAUAACAAGGAUCCCUGAAGAUGUCACCGGUCUGGAAGAUUUGCAAGAACUCAAUGUUGCUUUCAACUCCUUAGUCCACCUGCCUGGAUGUGGUACCUUUGGCAGCCUCUCUGUACUGAUCAUUGACUAUAAUUCAAUUUCCAACCCAUCAGCUCAUUUCUUCCAGAACUGCCAGAAGAUGAGGUCCGUAAACGCAGGGCACAAUCCAUUCCAAUGUACAUGUGAGCUCAGAGAGUUUAUCCAAAGUAUAGGCCAAGUGUCAAGUGGGGUGGUAGAGGGUUGGCCUGACUCUUAUCAGUGUGACUACCCAGAAAGCUACAAGGGGACCCUACUGAAGGAUUUUCACGUGUCUCCAUUAACCUGCAACACAGCUCUGCUGAUUGUCACCAUUGGGGUGACUGGACUGGCGCUGGCUGUUACUCUGACUGUCCUCUGUAUCUGUCUGGAUCUGCCCUGGUAUCUCAGGAUGGUGUGUCAGUGGACCCAGACCCGGCGCAGGGCUAGGAACAUACCCUUAGACAAACUCCAGAGAACCCUGCAGUUCCACGCUUUUAUUUCCUACAGCGAACAUGACUCUGCCUGGGUGAAGGGUGAACUGGUACCUUGCCUAGAAAAAGAAGGUAUACAGAUUUGUCUCCAUGAGAGGAACUUUGUUCCUGGCAAGAGCAUUGUGGAAAAUAUCAUAAACUGCAUUGAGAAAAGUUACAAGUCCAUCUUUGUUCUGUCUCCCAACUUUGUUCAGAGCGAGUGGUGCCAUUAUGAACUCUACUUUGCCCACCACAAUCUCUUUCAUGAAGGAUCGGACAACUUAAUCCUGAUCUUGCUGGAACCCAUUCCACAGAACGACAUUCCUAGCAAGUAUCACAAGCUGAAGUCUCUCAUGACACAGCGGACUUAUUUGGAAUGGCCGAAGGAGAAGAGCAAACGUGGACUUUUUUGGGCUAACAUUAGAGCUGCGUUUAAUGUGAAAUUAAUACUAAACACUGAAAACAAUGAUGUGGAAAUGUAACAAAAAAAGUCAGGAAAUCCAACUUAAGAAACUCUCAUACAUGUGGAUUCCAAUGAACAUAAUGGUGUUAAGCUGUUGCCUAAAUGGUGCCCGCAUUCUCUGUACGUGCUCAGGAAAGACGGAGCGUGAGCCAUGCUGCCUUGAGCCGGGGAAGCAGGCUGGGGCCGAGCUGGUGCCCCAACUUGCCAGUUCCAGACAGCUCAGUCUGUUCUGGUCGAGCCAUUCUGUUUCAAAUCGAAACAGUCCUGUGUGGGUUAAAGGCUCAGUCAUUCAGAGACCUUUCCCCUCCCCUCCCCUUUCCCAAAUGGGUUCUGCGUGAGCAGGAGUUGAUGGGGCGUCGUGGCAGCGAGGAAAGAGUCGACCUCACAACUGUACGCAGUGCUCCUUCGAGUGCCCUGUGCAUCCUCAUUGGCUCUGGGUGAGCUUUGUCAUCCCGCUCAACUUUGGGGCUUGGGGGAAAGUUAGACCAGAUGUGGAAAAUAAAGAUAGCUUUUUUCUUCACGUCUGAAUAAUCAUUAAAUUUUUUACCUAACUACACAAACAUGCAGUAGUUUGUAUAUAUGAAAGGAAAUACAGCCUUAGUCAUAGACUGUUGAGGCCAAAGACAUGGGUUUACCUGCUUGCCGAGAUUCCCCUGCCACCCCCACAAAGAAACAAAAAGUACCUCAGAGCCAGAUUUAUUUGCAACUGGGUAUUGUGUAGGGCAUGUCGGUGCAUUAGAAUUUUGGAGAAUGCCUCAAAGCUAACAGAAAGCACAUUUUAGACAGAAAUGUUAGACACAGCUAGGUUGGACUCAGUGGAAAAUAGCAGAAAAACACCAGUACUCCUCAACUCAUUUUACCAUUUACAGAAGACUAGAUUCAAAAGGGUGAGCAGGGACUCAUGAAAUAGAGGUGCUAGACCUGGGGGGGAGAUUGCUUUGGAUUUCUUCCAAAGGCGAACGAGAGGGGCCAUGAACAUAGUGGAAGCGUAGUCUGGCGCCCACCCCGCCUGAAGGCUCGCCGGGCAGCAGGAAUGCACAGUCCAGGACAGCGGACAGGUGGGGUGAGAGCUCCUGGAGGAGCGUGACAAGUGUCUCCUAGAGUUGGUGCCGGGGUGGGCAGUGAGUAUAGAGAUUGGUGAACGAUGCUUUACACGUAUAAGUGCGUGAUAAAUAUUGAAUGCAUGAACCAAGCGCUUCCCCCUGGAGAAUUCAGAAGGCAAAAGGUUGGCUUGGGCAGCCUGCAAACAGUGGGAAGAGGAGAGAAAGGAAGAAGUGAUUGUAGUCUGCCCUCCCAUUAGUGGGCAUGGCAAACUUCCUGUGGGCCGUUGUCAACCAUGGAAAGGACAGUGGGAUGAAGUUAUAAUGAGGGGACCUCAGUUAUCUGGACAGUCUUUUGUACAAUAAAGGGACUACAAUAGUAAGAGGCCAUGGGGCUAGGGGGAAGAGGUGUGUGUGGGGGGGCGCGGCUGCUAGAGGUCAGCCAGAGACUGUGCCACUUGCCUCAAGGAACUGUGCAAUGUGGGGUUUGCCUGAAGCUUCUGAAUAGCCCACAGGUGUAUCCUGUGAAAGAACCAACAUUUGGACUCCGCCAUCAUAAGAGGCAGAGGCACAGGGCCUGGCUGCCCUAUCCAAUAGUUAGCUUCAGGGAGAUUUGCUGCCCUCUGCCCUCUGCACUCUUCCCUUGAGGUAGCCUGGGGACAUCCAGAAGAUAGAGAAGACAGAGGAGGUGGAGGAAGGGUAAAGACACUGACCACACUCCUCCCCCACUCCCCAGCAAGGAAGGCCUGAGCCAGGGCCAGGCAGCCUUCGGAACUGGGUGUGAGGUGGGUGUCAGACUGGACCGGCUUGGACAUUUUAAUGCAUGAAGUACAGGUGCAGUUGCUGAAAUGAGACUUGUCACUAAAAUCAAUGGGUCUGCCCCAAAUUCAGAAUAGAUCCUGAUGGAGGGAGAGGCCACAAAACCUGGUUGCAAGGCAGCGGUUAAAGAGAAAAGGGAAGCCCUUUCCUGAUGGACUUACUCAACAGAACGGUUUCAUAACUGAUCAUUGCCAAGUAAUAAACCUUAAUGAAAUUUUAUUCGAGCGGUCUUCUUCCUUGCUCUGCAGGAGAGCACUGGCUUCCCCUGCACAGACCCUCUCCCAAACGGUGAACUUUCCUCAGCCUCCGGUGGACUGUUUCAUAAACUA